UGGUGGUUCGGCGGCGCCCCACACCUGCCUUCUUUGAGGCCGGAGGAACUACAACUCCCAGGACGACCCGGAAGCAGCCUAGGCAACGGAGCGGUAGUUCCAGCAUUGCGGUGGUCCGGGCCCGAACCUGGAAAAUGCUGCUGGCGCCCCAGGAAAGGUCCUCCUCUAGGAAGAGGACGGGGCCGAAUCGCUGGAAACAAUUUACAAGGAAGCCGAGUCCUAAGCCUGCCUUUGACCCUGACAAUGUGGAACACUGGAUUAAGAAGGUGGAGAAAGCCUCAGAAUUUGCAGUUUCAAAAGCAUUUUCUCCUACAAAUUCCAAUUUGUCCAGAAGGCUUUGGAGCCAAAUCAUAGAUUUGGAAACAUCUGAGCAAAUAGAGGAUCGUGAUGAAGUCUAUGCGGAAGCUCAGGAGCUAGUCAAUGACUGGUUAGACACCAAACUUAAGCAAGAACUAGCAAGUGAUGGUGAAGAUGGUGCUGAAGACACUGUGUCAAAUAUCCUUCCUGUGCCGGAAGCCAGUGAUCAUUUGAAAUAUGACAAGUUUGAUGAGUUGUGUGGCUAUUUGGAGGAAGAAGAGGAAAGUACCACCGUUCAAAAAUUUAUAGACCAUCUGCUCCAUAAAAAAGUGGUGGAUUCUGGAAUGUUGGAAGAUCUUGGAAUGAAUGGAAACCAAGACAAGCAGCAGCAGAAGGAUCCUCGUCUUACCAUGGAGAUGAGACAUAAGCAGGUAAAAGAAAACCGCAUGAGACGUGAGAAAGAACUGGAGCGCCAGAGAAUGGAAAAGACCCUGAAAAAAUCGGUCUUCUUAGAGGCUCAGUAUUUGGUGCAGGUAGAGAAGAGAAAGAAGGCUCUGGAAGCCAAGAAAGAGGAGGAGGAGAUUCAAAGGGAGAUGGUAAAGCUGCGGAGGGAGAUAAUUGAGAGGAGACGAACUGUGGAAGAAGCAUGGAAAAUAGAGAGGAAAAAGCAGGAAGAAAAUUCUCCCAAAAAUACAGAAAAAGGCAUGGUUCAGAGUGAUUAUAUUCUUCUGGGUGAAGAAAAAAUGGCGAAAGAAAGAAAGAAGAAACUGAGAGAGUUAUUAAUCCAAACUUUCAAGGAAAAUCAUCAGUGUCAAAAACGGUAUUUCUCUGCCUGGCACGAGCUGAUCCUUGAUCACAGGAUUAAGCUGGGAAAAGCUGGGACCCUGUCCAACUGGAAGUUCCAACUGAAGGUCCUGCGGGCCUGGAGAGACUACACAAGAUCCCAGAAGUUGGCGCGGGAGACUCAAGCCAUGCAGAAUGACCUUAGGGAAGAAAACAGAAAACAACACCUGGCCACUGAGUAUAACCGGAAACAAGUCCUCCGACACCGCUUUACAGAAUGGCAGCGUUGGCACCGUGCAGAGGUUGUGAAGAGGGAGCUGGCUCUAACAAAGGAGGAAACUAGGAAGAAAAUGAAUGAGCUGCUAGAGGCGGCAUCCCUAGGGAAACUCAGCACAAAUGGGUCAUCAGGCAUCAGUCUACUUGAGGAGGCAGCAGCUAUGGUGGAUCCGCCUAUAAGAAAUGGAGAGGUGACUGCCGGGCCACCUCUGCGGGAAAAGCCUCCCUCAGGGAGCUGUGAUUGCAUGCCCGGCCCCCACCUAGGAAGACCAACAAAGAGCGACUUGCAGGUUCCCCUCCAGCAUGUCCCUCUGAACACAUCCGACAAUAAGCAGCACACGACCAGGGAUGUCGAGCCCUCCCAACAGCCUAGAAGCAGCAAGAAGCUCAGAACCACCAGCCAGAAAACAGAAUCCAUUUGCAUGGGUCAUUUCCACAACCGCCAUGUCUUCCAGCAACAGUUGAUUGAAAAGCAAAAGAAGAAACUUCAGGAACAGCAGAAAACAAUUCUGGAGCUGAAGCAAAGCCAGCGGCUGGCAGAGGCUCGGUGGGCCGCAGAGCGGGCUGCAGCAGUCACAGAUGCCCAGAGCUGCCUGCUAUCAAAUCCCAGAGGAAAAGAACCCAAGAGAACGUGCCACGUGCUUCCAAAUUCGCCUGUUGCUUCCCCUGAGACUGAUGGUAGAGGAAGUGACUCCCCAAAUUCUCUCUCUGGACCCAGAAGGAACCCAAGGCAGCUGAUGGCAUCCCACCCCAUACUGAAAGCCAUGGAAGAGAGAGCAGUUCAGCGAGCUGAACGUAGGCGGAUCUUGGCAGAGAGGAAGAAGAAACAAGAAGAGGAGAAAUUGGCCCAGUUAAAGGCCCAAGAGGAGGAGCGUCAGAAGAGGGAAGCAGAAGAAAAGGAGGCUCAGCUUAAGAAAAAACGAGAAGAGAAGAGACUGCAGAAAAUGAAAGAACUAGAGAAGCAGAAGAGAAUUAAGAGGAACCAGCAGCUGGAAGCAGUAGCCAAAGAACAUUAUGAAAGGGUAUUGCUAAGAAAAAAAGGCCUGGAGCCUUGGAAGAGAUUGAGAAUGCAAAGCAAGCAAAACAUCCAGGUGGCCGAAGAACAUCACUCUUUGGCUCUACAGAGAAAAUGCCUGCAGUCCUGGUUCCAGUAUAGUCAGGAAAUCCUGGCUAGGAACACAGCCCGGGCUGAUCAACUCUAUUGCCAAAUAUUGCUUAGGAGAGUUAUCCGGAGCUGGCUACAGUACCUGACUGAUUUGGAGGAAGAAGUACAAAAACUGUGGGUGCAUUUUCUUCAGAAGAAGAUAUUCAGGGCCUGGUUUAACAUGGUCAGGGAGGCCAAGAUCGAUUCCCAGAACAAGCGUGAGAUUGCAGUGGAACAUCAUGACAGGAGGACUCUCUGGAUCACAUUUGAGACAUGGAAGAAGUCUGUAAAAUUUAUGAAAGAGGAAAAAAUAAAAGAAGAAAGGCGAGAGCAACUCCGCCGGAAGGUGGCUGAAAUUCUCCCAGACUUCCAGCCAUUCGCGCUGCGCUGAGCCCCGGGCCCGGGUGCGGUGGCGGACAUCGGCGCUGAGAGAGUGGGUGCCGUGUGCGGGCCGGGCAUCCGCACACUCACGCAGACACCUGCUCUGUGGCCCGCCGGGCACUUCUUGGAUCAAAGGGUCUCUCUGGGGAAUUUUUACUUCCUUCUUUGAUUUCUGUUGGAUUGCUAAUUAGUUCACUAAAGCAUUUAUCACAGCAGGAUCAUUCAAAGAAUAGUGUAAAGCUCAACUAUUCAAAUGCAUCCUAUAUAUUUUAGCAUCAGAAACUUUAAAGAGGCAAGUGUUUGCUUGCCUGAGUCUCUGAAAGAAAAUGUGUCCCUAUAAUUUAACAUGAGUUGUUGACAAAUGUAACGUAAUAGAAAUUAAAGGCAGUGAGUACGCAGAAAAGGAGUCACAGGUGGUCCGUGACCUAGCACCAUAGCGUUGGCAAGAGGCCCUCUGCCAGACGCCCUCCUUUGUGCCCACCCUGCUGGGAAGCCGCAUCCCAAAUGGGACCCAGUGCAGCUGCUGCAAAGGGCAGCGACUGUCUCACUGAGGGGCAACUAUGGCACCAAAGAUCCUUCUCUUCAGUGCAUGCUGACAGGCAUGAAGGGAAUUCCAGAAGCUAAUGACUCUCUCAGGGGCAGUCCAGCAAUUCGUUAAAACAUCUGUGCAUGCUUCCAACUGCAGCUUCUAAAUAAUACACUCCGUCUCUCUUCUAGUCCUCCGCUCGGUUUGAUCCACAUAUCGAGAUGAAUUCAAAGAACGAUUUCAUCUUCAAGGUGCAGAUGACUAUAGAGACUGACAAAUGCUCUUCUGUGAAUUGUCUGAAUUACCUGCUAGAAAAAACAUUUUCAUUAUAAAGUACAUGUUCGUUAUAACAAAUCUAAGUAAUAGACAAGUACAUCGGUAGAACAAGAAAGCCCCUUGCAGCCGAGGUAACUGCUAGUAGUUGCUAGGUUGAAAAUUCGAGUUGGUAAGAUAAAGUUGAAUAUGUGUUCAAUAAAUUGUUCUUGUCCUUACUUCCUAGAAGGGAUAUCCAGCUCCACCACCUGCACAAUGACUUACAUCCUUUUUCUGUGGAACAUGUGUGAGGAUUUACUCAGAAAUGACAAAACACCCUAAAUUGAACUUUAUUCCUUCUACAGUGUCCCUGUCCCCACGUCUUUUCCUUUAAUAUGAUUAUAC